UUUAUGGGCAGGAGGAAGAAAUACGAGGACUUUAAGGUGUCCAGUUACUCAGUGAAUUUACUCUCUUCUGUCUUGCUUCCCUUCUUCACACAGGGGUCUCACCAGGCCUGCUGCUCUGUUAAAGAGCUGGAUGUGUUCAACAGAGCACGUGAGAUUAAAGUGGAUCCUGACAAGCCUCUGGAAGGUGUUCGGCUAGCUGCACUGCAGGCAAGGAAGACUUUGUUGGUUCCCACACCACGUCUGAGAACCGGGCUGUUCAACAGGAUCGUUCCACCUUCAGGUGCAACUAAGGAGAUCCUGCGAGUAUGUGCUACGUCUCAGGGUGUAAAAGAAUACAGUGUGCCCGUAGGUCUCGAUGGGAAAGUACGGGUGGACUUGGUUGUUGUAGGAUCAGUGGCUGUCUCUGAAAAAGGCUGGAGAAUUGGGAAAGGGGAAGGUUAUGCAGACAUGGAAUAUGCAAUGAUGGUGUCCAUGGGCGCAGUGCAGGCGGAUACACCUGUAAUUACUAUUGUGCAUGACUGCCAGGUGGUUGACAUAGCAGAAGAGCUUCUCGAUGAUCAUGAUUUAACUGUGGAUUACAUACUCACUCCAACAAGAACUAUCAAGACUAACUGCAAACGACUGAAACCUCAGGGAAUAAUAUGGCAUAAGGUCAGCUAUGAGAUGCUGGAAAAAAUCCCCAUCCUAAAGAGUCUUCGGUACAUAGAGAAGCAGGCUGGCAAGGACGUCGCUCUCCAAGAUGAAGGUUCAGGCUUGGCAGAUGCCAACCCACCGGCGGUGUUAAACGAGAAGGCAGUUGCUGCAAAUACAAGCCCGUCAACUGCAUCGGGCUCGGCUCAAACAGGACAACGUUGUGUUGAAAGUGGGUCUUUAAGUCCCAGCUUAGAGGGAUCUGGCACGAUUACCACUGUGUAUGUGGGCGACAUACCUCCCAGCGUACGAGUGAGCGAGCUGAAGUGUCCUUUGAGGGAAUUCCGUGCGACUCCUUUCCGACUGAAUUGGCAAGGAGCACAGCACAGGGCUUUUCUCGAUUACAGGGAUAAAGCAACUGCAGAGAGUGCUGUGUCCUCUUUGAAAGGCUUGAGCCUGGGGGGUGAUACUUUGCGAGUUGAGCUGGCCAAGAAUCAGAGAAACAAAGGGCAAGUAGAAAUCAAUAGUCAGAAAUGAAUGGGAAUAGAGGACAGAAAUAGGCGUGUUCUCGUCGUUUUGUGAGAAGCCGACCUAAGUUUUCAAGGAUAUUGGUGUAUCCUCUGAUUUCUGCAGGCUGAACAACCAAGUGCAAAGCCAACUUUCCAAAUAAACGAGGCAAACAUCUCA